GGGAAAAAAAUUGUUAUUUUUUUUUGUAUGCAUGAAAGAAGUGUGUAUUAUAUUAUAAAGAUGAAGAAAAAAAACUCAAGGGUAGUUUAGAAAAAGUAGUAAAAUGAUUCGAUGCCAUGAAUUAGUAUAAGUAAGAAAGUUUUAUACAGUGUUAGUGGGAUAUAAGUUUAUGCAACCAUUUCUAUUUUUCCUUUCUUCCCUUGUAAAGAGAGAGAGAAAAAGGGGCUUUGCAUUUCUCAUGAACUGUGGAGUUGUGUUGGGUUUCUAUUGUUGGGGUUGGGUGUUCUUAACUGCCCUUCUUCUCUUCUCCUCCUAAAACUCCUAAAUUAUUUAUAUAUAUCCUUCAUAUAUAUAUUUAUAUAUAUUCUUCAUUGCUUUUCUGUUUCUAUUGGUGUUUUUCUUGUGGGAGAGGCAAUGGUAAGCCUGGGUAAUGUGUGUGAUCAGCUGGACUCUAUUGGCGCCGUCCGCGAGUUGGCUCCAUCGCCGUUCUUGACCAAAACCUACAUGCUUGUUGAGGAUCCGAUGACAGACGACGUCAUAUCGUGGAACUCCGAUGGGACGACCUUCAUCGUAUGGCAGCCACCGGAGUUUGCAAUAGAUCUCCUACCCACCCUCUUCAAACACAACAACUUCUCAAGCUUUGUUCGCCAACUUAACACCUAUGGAUUUCGCAAGAUUGCAACAAGCAGGUGGGAGUUUUACAAUGAGAAGUUUAAAAAGGGAUGUAAAGAAAGACUAUGCGAAAUACACCGAAGAAAAGCAUGGACCAACAAGCGAAAACACAAUAGUAAUGCAAAAGCAAUCCAAGUCACACAUCAAGAUAAUCACGAUGAAGAUCAAAGGUCGUUGUCGACUUCAUCGUCUGAUGAUCAAUACACAAUGCUUGCUUAUGAAAACAAGAAGUUGAAAAAGGAGAAUGGAGUAUUGAGCUUUGAACUAACAAACAUGAAGAAGAAAUGCAGAGAGCUUCUUGAUUUGGUGGCCAAGUACAAAUUCGUGGUUGUUAAUGGCAACAAAAAGAAGGCAGAUGAGAUAAUGAUGAAGCCAAACUUGAAACUCUUUGGAGUGAAGUUGGAGGUUGAGGAAGAAGAUGAAAUGGAAAUCAAGCAAAACAAGAGGAAGAGAUCAAAUUAUCCAGAUAAACCUUUUCUGCUCUCACAAACAUGCAAAUGAAUUUGCUUCCAUCGAACAAACUAUUCUAUUAUGACGUUUGCUUUUAGUUUUCUGUUUGAAUCCACUCGUUUGUGUACUGUUCUAAACUGAGUUUUUUUUUUUUUUUAUUUGUUUCAAAAUUUAGUUAUAAUUACUCAUUUAUUUCUGCUAGGAAUGUUUUAAAAGAUUCAAUGAACCAUUAAAUGAAAAAGAUAGCUUUUGAUCAUAGCA